AUGUUGAACGAAAAUGAUUAUAUUCUGUUUAAUUUUCACCAUAUCGCCUUUGAUGGUUAUUCUACCACACUUUUCUUGAAUGACUUGCAAUUGGCAUACGCUAACAAUGAGCUUCAUCAAAUAUCAAAUGAUGAUUAUUUCCAAUAUAUCGAUUAUGCUCAAUAUGAAAAACAAAUGUUUAAUGAUGAAAAUCCAUCUAGUAUGGUUCAAUUAGCACGACAAUAUUGGAAACAACUUUUAGAUGGGUACGACAUUACCAAACAACUUCAACUACCCUAUGAUCGACAGGAAAACAUUAUGAAUACGCGGAGUGGUGAAGGAAAACAAUUUAUAUUUGAGAUCGGUCAACAAACAUCUGCGGCAAUGAUAAAUUAUGCGAAACAACAGAAACUAACAAUGUUUCAGUUGUGUAUAGCGUGUUACUACUUAUUUUUAUACAAACUAACAGGUGAUAUCGACAUAUAUAUUGCAUCGGUAAAUGCUAACCGCUACCAGUCACAACUACAGAAUACAAUAGGUUUUUUCGUGAACACACUGCCUUAUCGAUUUAAGCUUAGCAAUCCGUUCAUGACAUGUGACAAAUUCCUGAUGAAUGCACAGCACACGUGUGAAGAAAUAUUCCGUUUCGCGUAUCUGCCCCUACAAGAAAUAAUGCAACUUAAGCAGCGCACCGGUAUAGAUGGUCAACAACCAAAUCGGCUCUUUAGCACACUUUUUCUUUAUAAUAAUGAAGGCGACAUUCCAUCUGAUAUUCAAUUAUCCGCAGACAGCUAUACUAGUUGUGAAAUUCAAACUGAUCUUCCGAUUCAUGUUGCAAAAUUUGAUAUAUCGUUAAAGAUGUUUCUCGGCGAAAUAAAUUGCAGUUUAUGUUCAUUUGAAUAUUCGUGCGAUGUGUUUGAAGAAUUCACAAUUGCUCGAAUUUCUGAACGUUUCUGUGUGAUGCUUCAACAACUGUUUGGUUCAUCGUCGAUGAACUCGACAACGAUGAAACAAAGACCAAUAUGUGAAUUAUCAAUUUUAUUACCAUAUGAAAUCAACUUAUUGAAACAAAUCAAUGAAACACGUAUACAAUUCGAUAAUGAUAAUCGCAUUCGAUGCAUACAUCAUGAAUUUAUUCGAAAAGCUAUUUUACAUCCACAAAAAGUGUGCAUUCUACUUGACGAACAAUCAUUAACGUAUGGAGAAGUAUUUCAUUAUGUACUGCAGUUAUCCAAACACUUACAACAGAAUUGUAAUGUGAAGCUAGGCGAAAUCGUGUGUCAAUGCUUAGAACGUUCAGUUGAAAUGAUAAUUUGUAUUUUAGCCAUAUUAACAGUUGGCUGUGUUUAUUGUCCUCUCAAUCCUGAUGAUCCUCCCGUACGGCUUCGUAAUUUAGUCAGAGAAACGAGCACUCGGACUGUAAUAAUGCAUCGACGAACACACCUAAAACUGUCAAGUAUACUUGAUAAUGAAAACAAUAGUGAAAAGAACCUUCGAUAUGUCGACAUGACGGAAAUACUUUCAUCAGAACAUUAUGGCGCCAUUGUUUCGGACGUGGAUUUAAGAAAUUUGUCAGUGGUGGACGUCACAAUUCAAAAUUCUGCUUAUGUGCUGUUCACGUCAGGGGAAACAAUGCUAGCUAAGACAGUUUCCAAAUUGCUUGAAUAUGUGAAACCAAACUGUAAAAUAGCUAACGUGUAUGGACCAACCGAAUGCACAAUCAUUACUACGAUUCAUGUAAUUGAACGCUACCAGAAUCCUUUGAGAGAUCCAAUUCCAAUCGGUUAUCCGUUGCCUAAUUAUCAAUGUUACGUGUUAGACCGUUAUUUACAACCAGUUGGUAUUGAUCAGAUUGGUGAGUUGUACAUUGGUGGCGUUGGAGUUUUCGUCGGUUACUUACAUCGCGAUGAUUUAACCCGUCAAGUAUUAAUUCAAAUUCCAAAUGUCAUUGAGAAAUGUUAUAAAACGGGUGAUCUCGUUAAAAUUGGUUCCAACGGUGAACUUUAUUUUGUUGGUCGUGUUGAUUUUCAAAUAAAACUUCGUGGUCAACGUAUUGAAAUUGGUGAAAUUGAACGAAUAAUAUUGAAUGCAUCAUCAAACGUAACAAAUUGUGUCGUCAUUAAAUAUCAACAACCCGAAGAUCAAGAACAUUUAAUUGCCUAUGUUCAAUCGUCGUCGUCAUCAUCAAAUAACGAAACGAUUACCGUCGAAGAACUGAAACGUUAUUGUCAACAAUAUUUACCAUUAUAUAUGAUACCAACAUGGUUUAUCAUCUUGGAGCAAUUGCCGUUGAAUACAAACGGAAAAGUCGACCGUAAACAAUUGCCAAAACCUGAUUUUUCACAAUUAACACAACAACAUCACAAUAAUGAUGAUUACCAUGAUCAUGUGGAUGAACCAAACGGAGAAAUGGAAAUUGAAAUACAUGCUUUAUGGUGUCGACUCUUAUCCAUUGAUAAAUUGUCAAUGAAAUCAAAUUUCUUUUCGAUGGGUGGCAAUUCAUUACUGUUAAUGAAAUUGUAUAAUUAUUAUUUAUCAAAAUUUUCACUCAAUCAACAAUUGAUCAAUAUUGCAAUGUUAUUUAAACAAUCAACCAUUAUUGGACAUGUUCAAUUAUUAAAAAAUGCUUUAUUCACGACAGAAAAUGGUACUCUCGUGGUAGAACAACAACAAUGGAAACCAUUAAAUAUUACACAAGGCAAGAUUGAACCAACACUUGAUUUGCCGGCCCCAAAUAAGCUAACAAUCGUCCGAUGUUCAACGGUAGUGGCUAACGCAGAGUUGCAACCGGUAAGGAAGAGUGGCGCCGGACAGGACCGGCCGGUAAAGAUAAGACCUUUACCGGCGAAUACAGCUACUGCUUCAUUUGUGCAAGAACGCAUAUGGUAUAAUGAAAAAAUAAGAUUUGAUCAAAGUCGCUAUGCAAUGUUUAAUAUGCCGUUUUUACUAAAAGUUGUUAGUGGUCAGAUCUCAAUACGGCGAUUGAAGUUAGCAAUUUCACAUAUCAUCAACAAAAACUCGGUAUUGCGGACAUCAUUAAACUAUGAUUCAAAUGACCAGUGUUUAAAGCAGACUCUGAAACCAAUGCUAAUCGAUGAUGAUCAGCAUCCAUUCUAUUAUACGUUUGAAUGUAUUACAAUCUCGAACACGUCCGAGCUGGAAGUUAUAUUAUUCAACGAAGAAACAUGUCGAACUUAUUUUGAUUUAGAUAAUGGGAUUGUUUUUCGAUGUCGAAUUAUUCGGUGUUCUUCACACACUAAUAAAGAUUUAUUAGCUACAAACGAUUACGUACUAUUCAACUUUCACCAUAUAGCAUUUGAUGGAAGCUCCGUCGGAUUAUUCUUCAAUGAUCUUCGACUAGUCUACUGUAACGAUAAUCGUGUCUAUAGUCCUGAAGACUCUUUACAAUAUAUUGAUUAUUCUCAAUAUGAAAAAAAAAUGGAUGUGAGCAAAGCGAAAGCAUUCUGGAAACAACUGCUGGAUGGAUACGACCUUUGCGAAGACUCACAGCUACCGUAUGAUUACCGGCUAACUUCCGAUUCUAAGCGCACAGGUCUAGGUACUUGCAUAACAUUUCAGCUAGAUAAACAUGUAGUUGAUACAAUGAGUGAAUAUGCCCAGGAAUUACAAGUAUCUAUGUUUCAAUUGUGCCUGGCGUUUUUUUUUGUUUACCUAUUCAAGCUGUCGAACGGCAAAACCGAUCAGUGUGUGGGUAGCGUGAAUGCAAAUCGUUAUCGUGAAGAAUUACAGUCGAUUCUUGGGAUGUUUGUUAACUUAUCACCAUAUCGACUGAAAAUCGAUCCGGAAUUAUCAUUUCACGACAUAGUCUUACAGGUACAACAACUAUGCUUAGAAGUGCUACAAUACGCCUAUUUACCUUAUCAAGAAAUAUUGCUACUCCAUGGGCAAACAACUGGGAAUCGUUUACCGUUUAUUGAAACGUUCUUCCAGCUGGAAUCCUCAACAGCAUCCAGCAGCCAUAUUAUUUUAGACAACGACACAGUUCUACGCCCAUUAUUAGAUAACGAAGAUGUAAUACAAAAGCGCUACACAUCAAAAUACGAUUUAUCAUUAGUAAUAAACUAUGAUUUUACGGACCGAUCAAUGAAAUGUUCAUUUAGCGGUACCAAUGAUUUAUACACGCCAGAAACCUUGAAAACACUAUCUGAAAGAUAUCAAAUUUUACUAUCGAAGAUAUUCAUUUCAUCCUCUGAUAAGAGACAACAGCCAUUAAAGGAAUUAUAA